AUCCCGUGAGUGGCCAAUCCUUAGUCUGUCCUGCAAGCGUGAACUGUAGAAGUGUGGAGGACCAUGGCUUGCUGUGCUCCGCCUCUACCUGUUUUGCUGUUUCAGCUGUUGCCUGUUGUCCAGGGUGAGUGUAAGGCAUAUGGGAACAUCGACUUGAUUAAUGCCCCAGCAAGUGUCAAUACGAACCAAAGCUGCUUUGAAUACUGUGUGGCUACACCCAACUGCUACUCCUACCGUGUUGUCAGCGGCCAAUGUGCCGUUCAAGCCGGAACUGAAGUUGAUCCGGCAGUCACCGAAGAUGCUGUUGUCCUCUGCUGCCCAAGGCCACCAAGGGAUGGUGUAUUCCGUGUCACAGAUCUUCUGAACUCAAGAAGCACUUUCUUGUUUGACGAGGGGAAAAAUUUACUGCCACCCCAGCCUCAGUGUCCAGCCCCAGGGCCAAGAUAACGUGUACGUCAUGAGUUCAGCUCUCACACUUGUGGAGGAGGGUGGGGAUGUUGCACCCUCUCUGGAUUACAAUCUGGGACUGCCAUUCUUAAAGUCGAACACGUCAUUGUAGAAUUGAUAAUAAA